UUUGUUAUUCAAUAUAGAAAGUCUCUGGUAGGACUCUUGAACCUCAGUGCAAAGCUACAAAUCCUAGAAAUGAGCGAUGUGUGUUCCGCACGCAUCCACUCUCUUUCUGUUUCUCUUUCUUUCUCACACGACUAUGAGGAUGUACAAACCCUUUACAAACCUCACAUAAUUAGACUUUUUUUGCGCUUUCUGUGGGAUAAUGCUCGGCUAAUGUGAUGGUAACGUGGCUCAUCAACACUGGAGGGAUUUUCAGGAACUUUUUCACCUCAAAUGCUUCUGCUUAGCCACAUUUUGGCUUCGAUAGGUUUUUAAUUUGCCAACGGAUAUCCAAGAGAGGGCUUUAUCUUACAGCAUUAAUAUAUGUUUAAAAAAAGCCGUUUAUGUUUUAUUCACGCGGUAAAGUACGUUCAUUCUUACUGUCAUUCACGAGUGGUUUACUGUAAACAAGUAUACCUUAUAAAUGCUAUAUAUAUAAAUGCUAUGCUAUGCUUAUUAUUCAAGUAUAUGUGCAGAUGCUCUAAUCGUUUAAAUAUCUCGUGUAUUUAUUGUAUUAAAUGAGGUUUUGGUAUAAGGGUGUGAACUGUCCGGUCCCAGUCCGCUCACUGUACACAACCCUUCAGGGUUUUGCCAAUUAAAUAGUCACUGGCGAUACAUUUUGACCUCUAUUAUAAGUCUUUGUUAGUAUGUGUGGAGCAUUUAAACCUUUAGGUAUAUUUUCCAUGUCGCUGUUGUGGCGGUCGAAGUGAGAUUUACGACCCCCCAAUCCACCAUUCGCGUUUCCACUCACCGUUCGUGAACUUUCGUUUUUGUCUGUUUGUGGUCUUUAUAGGUCAAUACUAGGAAGGAAAGUGUCACAGUUGUCUUGGGAUGCGGAAGGGAGAGGUGUAGGGUUGAGAGUAAACAUGUUUAAGGGUUUAAAGUGAGUGGGUCAGUCAACAUGUCAUCUACGGAGGGUGAUUUCUCCUGGAUGGGUGACUGGCAGUGGCUCUGCAUGGUCACACUCUUUCUGGCCUCAGUUGUCACUUUGAUUAUAUACUUGGUGCAGUAUUUUUCCAAUGUACCUGCUGGGAAAACACCUCUAAGUCAUGUGGAUUCCGAGGAAGCUGAUGGGAUUUUAAGUUGGGUGCUGACCUUGAAAAGCUGGAAAACUCAGUGGAGAAGCGCUUGGUUUAGGAACCUCAAUGAGGAAGCUAGGAGAUCACAGAGUGGGAUUCAGCUGACCUUUGAAGAGGAUGGUUUCCAGUCAUCUGAACUGGCCGUGGGCCAAAUUUCAAGCUUUACAAAAACACCAGGUCAAAAGAAUGUCUUGUGUCAGGUGGUUGGAAACAAGCUGCAGUUUUCUAUCAGUGCUUUACCAAGCUCAGCAUCUUCUGAACCUCCCCUGAGAUACAGUGUGAAAAUAUCCCCACUUCAUCUGCAGCUGGCUCUGCAGAUGAAAGAAGUGAAUAGGGAAGUGGAGAUUUCCUGGGGGGUGCUUAACGUGGACUCUGUAGAAUUGCAGCUCAUGCCAAGUUUUACACGGGGAGAUUGUGAGGGUCUAAGUGAAGCUGUGGUGAGGGACAGGCUCAGACAGGUCUUGAGCAGAGCCAAACCAUCAGUAACUCUGAGCAGCCGGCCUACAGAGUCUGCAGAAGUCAAGGAAGUAAGGAACAAGACCUCACAAGUGACCUCACCCCCCAAGCCCCCACGAGCUCAUGAAUGGAAACUAUUGGUGAAGAACAUCCGGGUCACAUGCAAACACGAGGAUGGUGCUGCAGGCGGUGUGAAUCCCCAGUGUAUCCUCCAGUUGGACGAUCCUCCUCAAAAGGUCACCAGUUCAGUCUUGACAAACACAUCAACCCCGACCUGGGACCAGCCCUUCAUAUUUGAGCUUAGCGGUCGAUCAAAGGAGCUGAACAUCCAGGUCAUGGAUAACGCCAAACCUCGGGAGAGUGGUUUGCUAGGGCAGGUAUCUGUGCCUUUUGAUCUGGUGAGGAAACACCCCAAAGGUCAACAGACCUUUUCACUCAUGACCAAAGAUCAAGUGACCGGCUCACUAACUACUGAGUUCACAUACCUUGAGCCCAGCGAGGUGCGUAGCUGGCAGAUGCCAAUGCCAGCCCCUACUAAGAGAGUAGAAAUGGACCGCACUGUGAUGCCCUGUGGCACUGUCGUCACCACUGUCACUGCUGUCAGGAGCAAACCAGGACGACCCUUACCACCUGAAUCUAAAUCUCCCUCUAAAAAUAAGCUGGCUGAGAGAAGGGUGUCUGAGCAGCCAUCGAUACUUGGAGCCAAAGUUAGCAAAGCCCUCUCAUCAUCAGAUACAGAGUUAUUGAUGCUAAAUGGGACCGACCCUGUAGCUGAGGCAGCUAUCAGACAGCUUCACGAGUCUGCAAAACAGAAGCUCAAAUCUCCCGUCAAAAAGAGUACCAUUAUCAUAUCAGGAGUGACCAAGGCCCCUCUGUCACAGGAUGAUGAGAUGGCUCUAAUGGCAGGAUAUGCAGCUGCAAUGGACGCUUCCAUGUCUGGAGCUUCAGAGGGCACUAACAGUGAAACACACCCUUUAGAAACUGUGGCGGAACCCAGCACUGUUGAACCUACAGAAUCCCUGGUGGGUCCAAAUGGCACAGACCACCAUGUGGAGGAUUGGGAGAGCCAGGCCGGAGAGGACCCCGAUGGAGACAAAACAUCUCUGUCCCUCUGUAUAUCUGAAACAGGCUCCAAAAAAGGAAAAGGCAGCUUCCUGCACAAGAGUGCCAAGCUUUUCUUCAGACGUCGACAUCAGCGGAAAGAACCAGGGAUGAGUCAGUCCCACAAUGACCUGCAGUACUUGGAAAAUCCUGAGGUGGCCUUGAUGGGCGACAGAGAAAAGAGGACGGCCACCUUCAGACGCAUCAUCAACCGCAAGCUUCUGCCCAGGAGCAAGAGCAAAGCCAACGGCACAAUGAGGGAACUGCCUACGUGAACUUAAUGCUCGUCUUUAAAACCUUAAAGAAAGCAGAUGCAAGUCCAUGCCUACAAUUUCUUCUUGCUUGCCCAGCCAAUAUUCUCCUCGACCUAAACUAAUAGCUUACCUCAUAACUGUAACCUAUUCCUCUUCAUUCAUGCUUAUUCCAAUAACUUUUAUGCAAUGGCGUGAUCUCGAUUCCUGGCCGUGUCCACCAAUAACCCUGUGUUCCAACAGUUACUCUAGUCAAGAGAUGCCCAACAGCCAUAAACUCUUCUGAAAAUAUCUCUAGAAUUCCCAUUCUGGCUCCUUAACUUGGUUCUCCUGGAUCAACUGUAUGAACUCCAUCUCCUCAGUUUUAGCCUACGCAGAUGCAUCUCUCCAUCCAAGUUGAGAGACAGAGAUCAAUGUUAAAAAAUUUUUGUUCAGUCAAGCAAAACCUUUUAUCUUUGAACUAGUGUGUGUUUAUGCAAGAAAGUUUACAGAACUGAGUUGCUGUGCUAUCACUCAAAGACUCAGAAUUAGUCAUUUAACCUUAUGCAAACCGUGAUCGUCAUGCAAAAGAUACUCUGCAUUUGUGGCCUUUAACCAAAGUAGCAUAUGAGGACAACCCUCUCUUGCCAUCUACCUGAGCUUUUAACCCUCUGGAAACCCUCUGGUGACUUGAUGGUUUCUGGGAUGUAAGAGAAGAGGGAAUACAAUUGAUUUGAUUUGUGCUUUGUUUUUUUGUAUUCUUGGAACGGUUUCGAAAUGCAUUUAUAAUACAGUGAAUUCUGCAGGGUCUGGCAGAAAGAUUUUUUGAGAGGGGUUAGAAGAACUGAUCUAGAACUCUGCCUUGGUAUGAUUUGAAAAUGGGAGUUUUAACUUUGUCAAAGGGAGACAGGUUUGCUUAACUGCUUUAACAAUUUUUUGAUCAAACUUUGACUCUGGCCAUCCUUUAUUUCCCAAUAGUGGUAACAGUCGUCUUUGUGUGUUAGGCAAAAUAUUAUUUUGCAACUUAAUGUAAAGUUAACAUUUUCAGGCUUGGCACUGAUAUGUUCCCUUUAAAACAAAUAGUUUGGUUCUCUAUUUGCCUUUUAUUUUUAACAUAUCUAACCGAGAUGUCAUCAAAAGAGAUUAUUUGAUUUGUGUUUUAUUUGAAAUAUUUUCCCUUUUUAAGCAUUUUUUCAAUAUACUUUAUAAUUAUAUGCUAAACAUAAUUUUCCAUAACCACACCACACAUUUGGGGGGAAAGUGUGAAUUUUACCAAAGGAUCUUAACACUAAGCAAAGGCAUUUUCACACAGAGAAAGAACAGGCUCCAAGAGCACUGGCCUCUUAAAUUUAGCUGUUCAAUAUGUUCAUGAUUCAAGUUAAUUUCCAAGUUUGGUUAUUGUGUUUGGUGUUUUCUUUUAUUGUAAGAUCUGUUCUUGUAAGCCACCUGAAAUGCCAACUGCUUUGAAUUUUGCAUUUCAACCGAUGAGCCUGUGUCGAGAAUUGCAAUGGACUUGUAGCAUGGGAAAACCAGGAACUGAUUCCGCUUGACCUUUACUUGAACUCAAUGUGCAUAUGGUGAACAACCUAAUUGCCUGUCCAUACUGAAUGUUGCCAGAUAGAAACCUCAGCAGUCUUGCAGUCUUCACUUCAUAGUACUCCGUGUGUGAGUGUGAGUGUGUGAAUGUGAGUGUGAGAGAGAGAGAGAGAGUGUGCGUGUGAGAGAGUGUGUGUGUGUGUGCGCGUGCGUUUACAUUUUGUCCAUGUUUUUGUGUUUCCAUGCACAGCCUGAGUGUUCAUAACAAUUCACUGUGUUGCAUUUCAUAGUAUAUUGUUACAAAAUGAAACGGAGGUAUUUUCCAACAAAUUGGGAAAAGGCACAUGAAGACUUUAUUUUAUCCUGCUUUUUUGGCCAUCCAGAGGUGAUCAACUGAUUGAAUUAAAUCUAACAAGUCUAUUCUCUGUAUAUGCAUAUCACUAUAGUGUAACCACAUGAAUUGAAGAACUCUUUAGCUGGGCUUUCUAUUUGGGUUCUGGUGGCUUAUGUAUAUCCAGAUAUAUAUAACCAGAGGACCGUUAGUAAAUACCAAUGUGAAUGAUAAAUAUUGAAAACCUGUUUCUCACCCAAACAUUUUUACCUGCAAAAUUACGUGUAUGGACUGUACAGCGUUUUUGUUUUUGUUUUUUUUGUCUGCAUUGUACUUGUUAAAUAAUUAAAACCUUGGAGGCCUGUGUAUAAUGAAUGUCAACCUGUGAUAUGCAGGUAUUAUCUUGAUUAACAUAUCCUCUUUAUUGGUUUGAGCAAUAAAUAUUGACUGAACACGUA